ACGCUGUCACACAUUGUUUACUACGGCUUGAGAUGGGACUCACUUCGUCGCGGGGCUAGCCUCUGAGAAACGGACGGAUUCUCGUGUUGUUUUACGCGCACCUUGCGUGUUCCUACUUGUUUUUGGGGGGACCGUGCUGUGGAGACUAUAUCACCCUCCUGCCAUGACGGGGGAUUUGUGUGCGCUUUUAUGCGCGCUGGUCAUCACGUCCUCUGCGAUGGAAGAGACAUUGAUGGACACGCGGGUGGCCACAGCGGAAUUGGGCUGGACAGCAUACCCAAACUCAGGGUGGGAGGAGGUGAGCGGCUACGACGAGAACCUCAACACCAUCCGGACUUACCAGGUGUGUAACGUGUUUGAGCCCAGCCAAAACAACUGGCUCCUCACCACCUUCAUCGACCGACGGGGAGCACAGCGCAUCUACGUGGAGAUCCGCUUCACAGUACGGGACUGUAGCUCCAUACCCAACGUCCCAGGGUCCUGCAAAGAGACCUUUAACCUUUACUACUAUGAGACGGACGCUGUAAUAGCCACCAAAGGAACUGCAUUUUGGAUGGAGGCUCCUUAUCUGAAAGUGGACACGAUAGCAGCAGACGAGAGCUUCUCCCAGGUGGACUUUGGUGGACGACUUAUGAAAGUUAACUCAGAGGUACGAAGUUUCGGGCCUUUGUCGAAAAACGGUUUCUACUUAGCUUUUCAGGACUAUGGGGCGUGCAUGUCACUUCUGUCUGUCCGAGUUUUUUAUAAGAAGUGCCCGAGCGUGGUCCAAAACUUUGCCAUUUUUCCCGAGACGAUGACGGGAGCAGAGAGCACCUCGCUGGUCAUCGCCAGAGGGAUGUGCAUAGCCAAUUCUGAAGAAGUGGAUGUCCCUAUAAAGCUGUACUGUAAUGGAGAUGGAGAGUGGAUGGUGCCUAUUGGGAGCUGCACGUGUAAGGCUGGAUUUGAGCCGGACAAUGGGAACGUAUGCCGCGCCUGUCCUCCGGGUACGUUCAAGUCGAGUCAGGGUCCAGGCCUGUGUCUGCAGUGUCCUCCCAACAGCCGCUCCACGUCUGAGGCCGCCACCAUCUGUGUGUGUCGCAACGGAUACUACAGAGGGGACGGAGACCAGCCCGACCAGCCCUGCACAAGUGUCCCGUCCAGCCCGCGAAACGUCAUCUCAUUUGUGAACGAGACUUCGGUGAUCCUGGAGUGGCACUCACCUCGAGAGACAGGCGGCCGCAGCGACGUGGUCUACAACAUCGUGUGCAGGAAAUGCCGCGCCGACCGCCGCUCGUGCUCGCACUGUGACGAGAACGUGGAGUUUGUACCGAGGCAGCUGGCCCUCACCGAUACCAGAGUGUUCAUCAGUAACCUGGUGGCUCAUACGCUCUACAGCUUUGAGAUUCAAGCUGUGAACGGCGUGAGCAAUAAGAGCCCGUACCCGGCGCAGCAUGUCACCAUAGACAUCACCACCAACCAGGCCGCUCCUUCGAUUGUUCCCAUCAUGCACCAGAUCAGCUCCACCAUGAAUAGCUUCACACUGUCAUGGCCGCAACCCGAGCAGCCCAACGGCAUCAUCCUGGACUACGAGCUACGCUACUACGAGAAGGACCACGCUGAGAUCAACUCCACCGUCCUGCGCAGUCAGACCAACACGGCGCGGGUGGAGGGCCUGCGCUCGGGUACAGUCUACGUGGUGCAGGUGCGCGCUCGGACCGUGGCGGGCUUUGGCAAAUUCAGCAGCAAGAUGUGCUUUCAAACCCUGACAGAUGAUGACUUCAAGUCGGAGCUGAGGGAGCAGCUACCCCUGAUUGCAGGUUCGGCGGCCGCAGGAGUGGUCUUCAUCGUGUCCCUGGUGGCCAUCUCCAUAGUGUGCAGCAGGAAAAGGGCGUACACCAAGGAGGCCGUGUACAGUGACAAGUUGCAGCACUACAGCACGGGCAGAGAACUCUCUUUGCGAGCCGACAUGUCUAACUGCCCCUCCCCACUGGGCUGCCCGACCCACUUCUCAGGCUCCCCCGGGAUGAAGAUAUACAUCGACCCCUUUACCUACGAGGACCCCAACGAGGCGGUGCGCGAGUUUGCCAAGGAGAUCGACGUCUCAACGGUCAAGAUCGAGGAGGUCAUUGGAGCAGGUGAAUUUGGAGAGGUGUACAAAGGUCGAUUAAAACUUCCUGGGAAACGAGAGAUCUACGUGGCCAUCAAGACUCUGAAGGCCGGCUAUGUGGACCAGCAGAGGAGGGACUUCCUGUCUGAGGCGUCCAUUAUGGGCCAGUUUGACCAUCCCAACAUCAUCCGCCUGGAGGGUGUGGUGACCAAGAGUCGGCCCGUCAUGAUCGUCACAGAGUUUAUGGAGAACGGAGCGCUUGACUCGUUUCUCAGGCAAAACGACGGUCAGUUCACAGUCAUCCAGCUGGUGGGGAUGAUGCGUGGGAUCGCCGCUGGGAUGAAAUACCUCUCCGAAAUGAACUAUGUCCACCGUGACCUUGCCGCACGCAACAUCCUCGUCAACAGCAACCUGGUGUGCAAAGUGUCCGACUUUGGGCUUUCACGCUACUUACAGGAGGACACUUCUGACCCCAGCUACACCAGCUCUCUGGGUGGAAAGAUUCCAGUGAGAUGGACAGCACCAGAGGCCAUCGCGUACAGGAAAUUCACCUCGGCCAGUGACGUGUGGAGCUACGGCAUCGUCAUGUGGGAGGUGAUGUCAUUCGGAGAGCGGCCGUACUGGGACAUGUCCAACCAGGACGUGAUCAAUGCUAUAGAGCAGGACUACAGGCUGCCCCCACCCAUGGACUGCCCCAGCGCGCUGCACCAACUGAUGCUGGACUGUUGGCAGAAAGACCGUAAUGUCCGACCACGCUUCACUGACAUCGUCAGCACCCUGGACAAGAUGAUUCGAAACCCCACCAGCCUCAAAGCUAUCGCUAACAUCCCUGCAGUGCCUUCUCAGCCACUGUUGGACAGGUCCAUCCCUGACUUCAACACAUUCAGCUCGGUGGAGGAUUGGCUUGCUGCCAUUAAGAUGAGCCAGUACCGAGACAACUUCCUCAACUCAGGCUUCACAUCUCUGCAGCUGGUGGCUCAGAUGACCUCAGAGGACUUGCUAAGGAUAGGUGUGACUCUGGCGGGCCACCAGAAGAAGAUCCUGAGUAAUGUGCAGACCAUGAGGGUGCAGAUGAGCCAGUCCCCGUCCACGUUGGCAUGACUACAAGAGGCGCUGUGCCACGGAGCGGGCAGCAUUCGGAGGACCACCGACAACAGCCCCCGAAUGACCCCCCCUCCGUCGGAACGCGCCAGAAUCGAGACUAUUGUCUUAAUCUAAAUGGUCACGUGUCUACAAGAGGAGAGCAGGGUCUACACUACCACAGCUAUCACCAAUCCAAACCAGGAAGUAAACCAGGAAGUUCAGGGUGCAACGCGUUACUGUUUCUCCAUUCAUAAAGACACAUGCUGCUGUGGUUUUGGAACUCCAUUUACCGUCAUAUCUGCAGCAUCAGUACAGGGAACAUAUAUUUCCAGAGUGUUUGGUAAAAGAUAUAUUGUACCUCUAUAUUAUCUGGACUAGACCAUGUUAAAACUGUAACCAGAAAUGUGAGACAUUUACAACCAACAACGUGUGACCUGUGAUGUUGCCCAUACUGUCGUCAAUGUGUGCAAUGAAGAGGCCUUGGUCUGGUCCAGAAAUAUGCUCAAGAAGAAGAAGCAAUCAGCAGAAAGACUGUCUAUAGAAUUACAGGGAUGUAUAGUGGAGCACCAUGGUCAAUUCACCUCACAGUCAUAGUUUGCUCGUUUUACAUUGAAAAUAAUGUAUUGUUGAAUUUCUGGUGACAGAGCUUAGUUCUAUUUUUGUCUUCAUCCGAUCGUUUGUACUUGUCACUAUAACCAGAUCCACCCACGUGUCUGAACUCAACACUACCUGUGGAGUGGGCUGCCAAAGGACUUUUGAACCAGCCCUAGAUUCAGAGAAUAUAAAUAUGUUUAUCUCUUGCUAAUUAUGAUUAUUAACUUCUAUAAUAACCUUCAUAUUGAAGGUGGUAUGUAAGAAUAUGUAUGUACAGAACUAUCUGCUUGCAUUUUGGCAACGACUUGUUUGUUGAUUAGAUUGUGUUAGAUACAUGCAAUGUGUAGGUUCCCACUGUGCCCUAGCUCCUUGUGACUGACUGUUCAAAGGACACAGGGUGCUCUCAUUUAUCCAGGGGCACAUGGACUAUCCAGUACAGAGAAAUAUGUUACUGAGUCGGUCUAGUAGAUCUAAGUAUGAGUAGGACUUGUAGGAGAUCUAAUGACAAAUGUCCAUCUAUUGAGAACUUGAGCUCAUGUUAAAUGUGGGUGUGCACAUGCUGUCUCUUGCUGGUGAGCACUUGCUUGUACAGAAAUGUUUUAUGUUUUCUUCAUCUGUUGUUUGUGUCGAGUGCUCAGCACCAAUGGAAGAUGGAGGAGGAUCAGAGCCUCGCCAGGCCAAAUCCACAAUGGAGAACCUCUUUUUGUAUGCUGUCCAAGCUGUGGAUUUAUACCUAUAGACAUACACCAGUCAGGCAUAACACUAUGACCACCCGCUCAGUCAUCUUUAUAUUCUAGAACCACAUGAGCUCUACUACACUGUCCCACAUGCAACCAAUUGUGAAGCACUGUGUCUUUUGAUACCUUUGUAAUAGAACCAGACUUUUUAAUUCACAUUGGCUAGAGAUAUUAUACUUCACAUCGCUCACUCUCUUCUCAUCCUUAAUAGACCACAUUUUUAAUUGAAUUAAAGGUUUUAAAGAAACAACAAUAGAAUAUGGCAUAUGACAGCGCGAGGCUAAACUCAUUUCCAUUAAACACUGAAAAUGGAAUGUUCUUUUUCCUACAAGACGAAAACAUAGUACACUGUAAAAUCUAAUAAGGUCUUACUUGAAAACAUCUAGGAAACCGAUUGCCUUGAAAUAUCUGCCUAAAGUGGACUGUGAAUUUAAAGUUGAACUCCAAGUAAUUCCUCAGUGUAGUGUACAGUAAAUUCCUCUUUCAUCUAACAGGCACAGCAAGUUAAGUGAACUUUAGUUUUCAUUGACAGAAGUCAUUUUGUGAAGCUGUUGCCAACUAAUCAGUCAGGUCCUUAAAUCUGAACUAUAUAGUAACCUUUACUUUAAGAGUAACUUCAUCUUACUUGGCAAAACCAUCGAAAUCAUGCCUUGAAUUGAGCAAGUAAAUGUUACUUAUAUACACAAGUUUGAGUAAAAACAGGUUCUAUUCUACAUAAUGCCAUUUAGAUCUGCAUCAGGUACACGAGGAUUUGAAUACUUAUUAGUCUUUGAAAAAAUCAUAGCAAAACUUUGGUACAGCUUAAGCUCAAACAAAUCAUAACAUGUGUAACAAUAAAAUAAUAAAGUUCAAUCAUUCCAUGUCAACUCAACCAAGGCCCCUUUGGUCUCAAAAAAUGCUGGAAGAAACAAAACAGGUGCACAGGUGUAAUCGAGCACAGACUGAAUGAACAGAGGGAGGAUAUAGGGACGGCCCUGGGAGGUUUAGGGAACGAGUGGCAGCUGUAGGAAAAACACAGCGGUAGCAAAAGAAGGACCGGAACAGACUCGUCUCAUUCAAGUUGAUCUUAGUCUAACUGACAAGUAAUGUGCUUGUCAGUUUGUCGAACCCUAGAGUUAGAUUUUACAGUGUAAAGGUAUAUGAAUCAUUUUGGUUAUGUAAUUAUGUUUUUUUUUUUUUUUUCAGUCACUCAAAUAUAGGCUACUCUCUUAUCAUUAAACAUUUCACUCUUUGUAGACUAUCCCUGGACAACUUUUGAUACAAUACUGAACACCAUAACCCCCCACAAGAACUCCAUAACAGUCAUCAUUUUGACUUUAUUUUACUGCAAAAUAUUCACAAACAUAGAAAUGCCUCGCCUCUCCAGUGGUCAUAAUGAAAUGCCUGAUUGCUGUUUACCUUCAAAACUGUGGAUUUUACACUUUAUACGAAGCACGUAACAUAUUCACAAGUACACCUGAGUCGACCACCGCUGCGAGACGGAACAGGACCAAUUGAAGGGGACCUAUCUUAUGGUACAGAUGAAUUGAGCAAGCUGUUAGCUGUUAGCCUGCACUUUCACUCUUCUUCUUUUGUGUGUGUGCGAGUACGGGAGUGAAUGGCAGCCAUGUUUAGUGUACAUCAAUGUGUGUGCACCGGUACAUCGUUUUCCUUUCUGUAUAGCAAAACCACUUGUAAAUUGUGAAGUAUGUGUCAAAGAGUUUGUAAGAUGUAACUUUCUGAGAACUAUUGUACUAAAAAUGCACUCAAUAAACGCCUUGGGAAAAACAA